AUGCCCAAUCCAGAGCGCUCUGUGGGUGCCGACAACGGUAUCACCAUCCGCUUACCCACGGGUAUUGGCAUCGAACUGGGCCAGGGUUUCGAUCCGGCAACCUUACGUUCUGUGGUACUGCGCGAAGACCCCUUCAGCACCCAGCUCUUUGUCUUUCGCAAUCGUCGCAAUGACAAACUGAAAGCCCUGGUUUGGGACACCAAUGGUUUUGUGGUUUUUUACAAGCGCUUGGAACGAGGUCGCUUUCCGUGGCCCGUUAUUGCCACCGCUCAAACCACCCUGGUCAUUGACCAGCGCCAACUCCAAUGGCUGCUGUCUGGACUCAGCAUUGAGCAACGUUACGCACUGCCUGCCGUUAUGGCCCGUGCCGUCGCCUAA